AUGUUACUGGUGUUGCUGUGCUGGUGUGUCGAGGCCACAGUGCUUUUAUACGUGUUGUACUCCUGGCUCAUCCCCACUGCUGUGCAGUUCAAUGGCAGUCUGGCAUUACUCUGGCACGAUGUCAUCAUUGAGUGAGCUCUUGAUACUCUGACCAGAUCAACUCGACCACAGCGUCUGCUGAAAGCAGUAAGGAAACGUGCAACGCGAGGUGACCCUCAGAGUGUGAUCUCGGCCAUUGAUCAUUUCUGCCGACACAACGAAUGGGCUAUGAACGUUGGAGAUGAGAAAGGCUCUAUCCUGGACUCAGUGGUGAGUGAGGUGAACCCAGAGAAGGUCCUAGAGUUGGGCACAUACUGUGGAUACUCCACAGUGCGCAUCGCUCGACUCCUUCCUCCUGGAGCUCGUCUGAUAACACUGGAGUUCAAUGUAGAUUAUGCUGCAAUUGCCCGACAAGUAAUCGCCUGGGCGGGUCUUGAAGACAAAAUCCAGCUUGUAGAAGGUGCGUCUGAAGAUUGGAUCCCACGCAUGAAGGAGCACUUUGGAAUUGAAACAUUUGAUUUUGUUUUUCUGGACCACUGGAAGGACCGUUACCUCCCCGACACAAAAUUAAUGGAGGACUGUGGUCUGCUAAGGAAAGGCACCGUUCUGCUUGCUGAUAAUGUGAUCUGUCCGGGAGUACCAGACUAUCUUGAAUAUGUCCGGAAUAGCCUUUCCUAUAAAAGCUGCUAUUUUAAAUCCCAUUUAGAGUACACCAAGGCAGAGGAUGGCUUGGAGAAGUCUGUGUUUUUGGGCUAG